CUCUAGAAUGUACGAGUCGAGGACUUUAAUUUUGUCAUGUGACGUUACUUCCGUUGACGGUUCAGUGGCAAGAUGGCGGCGGGCGGCAGCGGCGAAGAUGCGUUUCAGACCUUCUACACAGAGGUGAAGCAGAUCGAGAAGAGAGACUCUGUUUUAACCUCCAAACAGCAGAUCGACAGGUUACUGCGACCAGGAGCCUCGUACUUCAAUCUCAACCCGUUUGAGGUUCUUCAGAUCGAUCCUGAAGCCACAGAGGAGGAGCUGAAGAAGCGUUUCAGACAGUUGUCCAUCCUCGUCCAUCCAGACAAGAACCAGGACGAUGCGGAUCGAGCCCAGCAGGCGUUUGAAGCGGUCGAUAAGGCCUAUAAGAUGCUGCUGGAACCCGAGCAGAAGAAGAAGGCGCUGGACGUGAUCCACGCGGGGAAGGAGUACGUGGAGCACAUGAUGAGCCAGAAGAAGAAGCAGCUGAAGAAGGACGGGAAGCCCAUCGACGUAGAGGAAGACGACCCGGAAAUGUUCCGGCAGGCGGUUUAUAAACAGACCAUGAAGCUCUUUGCCGAGCUGGAGAUCAAGAGGAAAGAGCGAGAAGCCAAGGACAUGCACGAACGGAAGAGACAGCGGGAGGAGGAGAUCGAGACGCAGGAGCGCGCCAAGAGAGAACGCGAGUGGCAGAAGAACUUUGAGGAGACGCGUGACGGACGUGUGGACAGCUGGAGGAGCUUCCAGGCUAAAGGCAAGACUAAGAAAGAGAAGAAGAACCGCACCUUCCUCAAGCCGCCCAAAGUCAAGAUGGAGCAGCGCGAGUGAGACGCGAUCGAGACGCUCCUGCUGUACAGACGAAGAAGAAGCGCGAGUCUCGGUCCUCUCGUCCACUAACAGAGACACGAACCUGCAGCUCUCCUCACCGUUGAUUCCUGACGUGCUGUUUUUCUUCUGCAAAUAAACAUUUGUUUGUAGAUAUUUUCGUUCUAGUUUUUAUAUUGUACACAAUUAAACCUUUGUUUUUGUCUGACUGUAUGAGUUUCAUGUUAUUCAGCCGUUUGUUUGUUUGUUUGUUUGUUUGUGAGAGGAAGAAUUUUAAUAUUAAAUGGAUGAAUCUGGAGUUGC